AUGAUCAAACGUGGUUCCCAAGUAACGCGGUUCACCAACCGCGACUCGGCUUUAGAGAUAUUGGAGCUUGUCUUGCCAAUGAAGCCUAUUCCGCUGGAGAUUCAAUUAGAGCUUGUCGAUCAGGACAAAAGUUUGGUUGAAACAGCAGCUGGCAAAUCUGUGAAUGAAGAGCUGAAUCGACUCGAACAGAGACACGAAGAUGAACUCCGGAAAAUCAAGGAGGAAUACUAUCUCGCUAUUCAGGAAAAGGACAAGGAACUACAAGAUCACCUCAAAGACGCACAACGCAAAAUUGAUCGAGACCUCGAUAAGAUUCAUCGUCAGCAAGAACAGUUGAGAGCGGAACGUCGGGCAGAUGAUCGGAGGCGAAAGAACGAGUUCGACCUUCAGAUCCAGAGAAUGCAAAGCUCAGCACGACCAAUUUGA